UUGCAAAAACACCGAAGUGGCUUCUUCGUUUUAUUGACUUGGUCGUUUCGCGAAGUCGGCCGCGUUGUAUGGCUUAAGUUCGAGCUUAAAUUUAUUCAUUGCUGCCUACAGUUCUAGUCGUGCAGGCCUAGUGGAAUAUCCGUCUUUCAAAAAUGCACAACAUCUCUAAGGGAAUGGUAGUGGUGGCCGUGGUCGCCUGGUGCUCAUUUGUCGGUCAGUGUUCGUUUAUAGAGAGGUUCAUGAAGAACAACGCCACAGGCAAAGAGACCCUGAAGAAGUUGACCAGCGUGGACCAAGCGUUUAUGGAAUUGGAAUUGAGAGCCGGCACCGUGUACGAUUACUUGACAGGCUCGCCCCAGUGCAAUGACGAAACUGUCUAUCACGGAACGAGUUGUCUUUUGCUAGUACACCGUUUCGUUAUUGACAAGCAAACCCUAGCCAGUGUGUUGGCACACUUGGAGGCCUAUCCGGAACCACCGCCGGGCCAAGACGACCCGUACUCUUAUGAAGCCGUCGUCAGGGCGUUGAACGUGGUGGAAAGCGUGGGCGUGACGAUUAUGUGUCGUUUCGCCCACUUGAGCCAGACGAUGUUGGCCAAACCGUCAUACUCGCCCUGUGAACAUUUCCAACUGUUGAAGCGAGUGUUGUACGCUAUCCACCGCAAGUUCGAAGAGCACCAUAUACCCUUGACGCCCGUGGAAAAUCUCAUUGCAAUUUUCGACAACUACUGUAGAGUAGAAAAUCCGGACAUUAAUUACAAAAACGAUAUCAAAGAAAUAUUCAAAACCUUCUUGGUAAAUUUCGGUCAUCUGUCGGGAUUCACAGACCUGAGCGAAUACGAAUCGGGCAGCUACAACAAAGAAGCUCCUACCUUGGGGCCACUACUGAAGCAGAAUGUGAGCCACGCCUGGUUUUUCUUCGAGCAACCCCAAAGCAGCAACGCACCACCCGGCAGCAGUAUGCAGGGAUAGCCAUUAAUAUAAUGGUAAAUAAAAAAAAAAACGUAUACAACAGAUUAGGGCAUGUCUUAAU